GAUAGACAAUAGACCAUGGCUGCAGUCUCCGACGAUUUUGCCAAGAAAUGCGAGCUGAAGCAGAACGAGACGCUGGGCAGAUUUGUGGUAGCCCGAUGCGAUCUCAGCGCUGGAGAAACUCUGCUUCUGGAGCAGUCUAUUGUGGUCCUGCCCCACAUUGGCGACAGACGCUGUUCCAAGUGCUUCAAGCUUACCGCCACCUUCUGCGGAAAGUGCCGACUCCUUUCCUUGUGCGAGGACUGCGCUGGCCACGAUGAGCGCGACUGCCAGCGACUGAGGGAACUGCAGCUGUCAGACGAGCAAGUGCAGAUACUGCAGGAAAAGGCCAACACAGAGGUGCAGCCGGCUCUUGCAUGUCUGCUGCUGGGGGAACACCAGCACAGCAGGCCCCUAUUCGAGGAAAUGUCACAGAUGGAGACCCAUUUGGAGGCUAGGCGAGGAACGGAAAUAUGGAAACGCUAUCAGGCACACGCAUACGCUCCGCUCGAGGCAACUGGUGUGGUAAAGCAGCUGCACAGCGCUUCAGGCAAUGCAGUGGAUGAAAUCCUGGUGCAGAGGCUCUUGGGGAUUCUUGAUGUGAAUGUUUACGAGAUUCGCGCCCCGGAGCAAGGCGGCGCCAUGAGAGGACUGUACCGAAGAGCGGCUCUCUUCGCGCACAGUUGCAUGCCCAACCUGGAGACAGCCAUCGAUGACGAGAGGCGCAUCAAGGUGUUUGCCAAUCGUCAAAUAGCAGCCGGAGAAAUCCUCUACAUCUGCUACACCAGUGUGCUGCUGGGCAACGAGGAGAGGCGCCAUAUUCUGAAGACGGGAAAAUGCUUCGACUGCAGUUGUGCCCGCUGCCAGGAUCCCACCGAGCUGGGCACCCAUAUGAGCAGCUUCAUCUGCAGUGGGUGUGCCUGCUCCGGUGGAUACAUAGUGCGUCAGCUCGAAACGGGCACCUGGCAGUGUCUCCUCAAUCCAGAGCACACACUGAAGCCGGAGUUUGUGUCCAACAUGUUGGAGAGGGCCAAGGAGGAGAUCUUCCAUGCUCGCGGGGACAUCUACCGGCUGGAAUUGCUACUGGUCAAGAUGAGCCGGCUGCUCCAUGGCAACCAUUACCUGAUGCUGGAUCUGAAGCAAAACAUAGCCUCUGUGCUUCGUCAGAUUCUUCAGAAUAUGGCCCAUAGUCCCAGCAGAAAGGUUUACGAGCGUAAAAUUCGUGUGUGCCAAGAGCUUUUGCUAGUGCUAAAGGUGGUUGCUCCGGGAAUCUCUCGGCUAAAGGCCAUUGCCCUCUACGAAUUGGCCAACACGCAGGCGGAAUUGGCCAGGAAGCUCUACAGUGAGCAGGAGCAGAGCUCUAGGGAGCUACUGGGGGAACUAAAUCAGACUGAGAUUAUGAUGCGAGAAGCCUUGCGAAUGUUGCUGUUUGAGCCCGUGGCCACUCCAGAGGGACAAAUGUCGCGCAGUAUGCUAAGGGAGCUGAAGGAGCUGCAGAAUGACAUCAAACUUCUGCAGGAUUCAAAUGAUGAUAUCGUAAACUAAAAAAACAAUUGUUGGUUUCCAACGCUGCAACAGAAAUUGUAUAGAUGUUAUCGCCAUUACGGUUUUCGAUGUG